AUGAAGGUCUCUCACACAGCCUUGGCCGUUUUGGCGGCCUUGUGCUCUCGCCAUGUUGCUGCCAUUUCCGUCGACCUCUCUGACACCUCAGACAUCACCUUUGUCCAUGGCACGCGGACAGCCAAGGACGACCAGACAAUCACCGGCACAUACGUCACCUACACGUCCAAAAUCACCUUGAAACAGGCCAGCGGGACCAAAUCGGAUUCUCUCACCAGCACCUUUACUGGAAGCUUUACCUCCGAGUUCACAACCGCCACCAACCUGACAGAAACGGAGACGGGGACGGAGACGGGGACGGUGACAGGGACGGUAACCGGGCCUGCUGAGCCCACAAACACCCAGCCUUGCAACAACCACGUCGAGUACUGUACACGCAAGUACAGCAACAUCACCAACAUUGCUGCCCACAACUCGCCUUUUGUGCGACCAGGAAACUCUGGAUCCAACCAGGAACUCGGCGUGACGACACAGCUCAACGAUGGCAUCCGCCUUCUUCAGGCCCAGAUUCAAUGGCCAUCGAACUCGUCAGCGCCUCACUUUUGUCACACGUCGUGCGAUCUCCUCGAUGCCGGGCCCAUCACCGAGUGGCUCACCACUGUGAGGCAGUGGGUUGACAGCCACCCUUACGAUGUCAUUACCAUCCUUCUAGGCAACGGCAACUACUCUCAUCCUUCUCUCUACGUCCCAUACAUUGAGAAAACCGGCAUUCUUAAAUACGUCUACAGCCCGCCGUAUUUGCCCAUGUCCCUGGACGACUGGCCAACUCUGGAGGACAUGAUCCUCCGCGGCAAACGUGUCGUCAUGUUCCUCGACUACGAGGCUGACCAGAAGGAGUACCCGUGGCUACUCGAUGAGUUCUCACAGAUGUGGGAGACACCGUUUGACCCCGUGGACCGCGGUUUCCCUUGCACUCCGCAACGCCCGCCGAACUUGAGCGCCGAGUCAGCCAAGGAUCGCCUGUACUACCUGAACCACAACCUCAACGCCGAGUUCAACGUCUUCGGCACCGAGCUGCUGGUCCCAGCCGUGUCACUGCUCAACGAGACCAACAACGUUACCGGCUACGGCAGCCUGGGCUUGUCGGCCAACAACUGCCGGACCGACUGGGGCCGGGCGCCCAACUUCCUGAACGUGGACUACUACAACUACGGCGGAUUCCCAGGAUCCGUCUUUGAGGUGGCGGCGCAGAUGAACAAUGUCACGUACAACCGCAGCAGCUGCUGUGGCAUCGCCAGCGCGGCUCCCCAACUCCAGUCGGGACAGUCGGCGUCACUGGUCGUCCUGGUGACCGCCAUGUUGUCGUCUUAUCUCCUGCUCUAA